AUGAAAUCGUUUAACCCAAUUUGCAGCCACCCAACGCUACAGCUCUUAGAAAAAUGCAAGACCCUUUACGCACUCAAGCAAGUCCAUGCCCAGAUGAUCACAACCGGUCUCAACAUUCACACAUAUCCUCUUAGUAGAAUCCUCCUCUCGGCCUCCCCCUUAAGCUUAACCUAUGCGCUUACCAUCUUUAACCAAAUUACAAACCCAACAGUGUUCCUUUUCAACAUUCUCAUUUCAUCAAUAAUUACCCAUCACAAAAACCACACCCACAUUGCCUUUGGCCUCUAUAACCGUAUUUUCACUCACAAAAAUCUUAAACCCAAUUGUUUUACUUACCCAUCUCUCUUCAAGGCAUGUGGGUUUCACCCAUGGGUUCUCCACGGUUUAGCCCUUCAUACCCAGGUCUUGAAAUUCCUUGAAUCCAGUUGUGAUCAUUACGUCCAAGCUUCUUUGCUCAAUUUCUAUGCCAAUUUGGGUAAAUUUGAUGUGGCUAGGUAUUUGUUCAAUCAAAUUAGCAACCCAGAUUUGGCCACAUGGAACUCUAUAUUAACUGCUUAUGCACGUAAUGCUAGUAAUAGUACUAGUUGUGUUAGUAGAAUAACUAAUGGGGAUUCUAGUUUGUCUUUAGAGGUUUUGUAUCUGUUUACUGAAAUGCAAAAUUCUUUGGUUAGGCCAAAUGAAGUUACCCUUGUGGCACUUUUAAGUGCCUGUUCUGAUUUGGGUGUUCUUAGUCAAGGCAUCUGGGCUCAUGCCUAUGUAGUUAAGAACAAUCUUAAGUUAAACUGCCAUGUGGGUACCUCUCUAAUUGACAUGUACUCGAAGUGUGGGUGUCUCAAUCUAGCAUAUCAAACGUUUGAUCAUUUGCGUCAGAGGGACACACUAUGCUACAAUGCAAUGAUUGGAGGGUUUGCAAUUCACGGUUACGGUCAACGGGCACUUGACCUUUAUAAGAAAAUGAGACUUGAAGGGCUAUUGCCUGAUAAUGUAACGAUUGUGGUGUCAAUGUUUGCCUGCUCACAUGUUGGGUUAGUAGAGGAAGGUUGCAAAAUAUUUGACUCAAUUAGAGAGGUUUAUGGAAAUGAGCCAACACUUGAACAUUAUGGGUGUUUAGUGGAUCUUCUGGCUCGAGCUGGGCGGCUCCAGGAAGCUGAAGAAAAGAUUAAAAAAAUGCCCAUGAAGCCAAAUGCUAUUUUAUGGAGGUCUUUACUUGGAGCAGCAAGAGUUCAUGGCAAUUUAGCAAUAGGAGAAGUUGCAUUAAAGCACUUAAUUGAAUUAGAACCAGAGACAAGUGGCAAUUAUGUGCUUUUAUCCAACAUGUACGCAAAAAUAAACAGAUGGGACGACGUAAAAAAGGUCAGGAAACUAAUGAAAGAUCAUGACAUUUACAAAAUGCCAGGAAGUAGUUUAGUUGAGAUUAAUGGAACUAUGCAUGAGUUUCUCAUAGGAGAUAAAACGCACCCAUGUACAAAAGAGAUUUAUUUGAAGGUUGAAGAGAUAAACAAUAGGCUACUAGAAUAUGGACACAAGCCAAGAACUAAAGAAGUGUUGUUUGACAUAGAAGAAGAAGAAAAGGAAGAUUCUCUUUCUUACCAUAGUGAAAGGCUAGCAAUUGCCUUUGCUCUUAUUGCAUCUGAUGCGAGUGUUCCUAUUCGGAUCAUUAAAAACUUGAGAGUUUGCAGCGAUUGCCAUGAUAGUGGUAAGCUUGUUUCGGUUAUUUAUCAGAGAGAGAUUAUAGUAAGAGAUCGAAACAGGUUUCAUCAUUUUAAGGACGGAACUUGUUCUUGCCUGGAUUAUUGGUAACAAUCAAAUCUUCUUCCUAGUAUAAAU